UCGCCGGUGCCGGAAGUGGAUGGUGUGGCGCCGGAAGCGGCCUGUUGGAGGGCCCUCGUGGAGAAGACGGCGGCAUGCGGCAGUCAGGGCGGUCCCGGCACCAGAAGCGCGCGCGCGCACAGGCGCAGCUCCGCAGCCUCGAGGCCUACGCCGCGCAGCCGCACUCGUUCGUGUUCGCUCGGGGCCGCGCGGGUCGCGGCGUUCGGCAGCUCAGCCUGGACCUACGGCGGGUCAUGGAGCCGCUCACCGCCACCCGCCUUCAGGUACGAAAGAAAAAUUCUCUGAAGGAUUGUGUGGCAGUGGCUGGGCCCCUUGGGGUCACACAUUUCCUGAUCUUGAGCAAAACGGAGACCAAUAUCUACUUUAAGCUGAUGCGCCUCCCAGGAGGCCCCACCUUGACCUUCCGGAUCAACAAGUACACACUGGUGCGUGACGUGGUCUCCUCACUGCGCCGGCACCGCAUGCACGAGCAGCAGUUUACCCACCCGCCUCUCCUGGUGCUCAAUAGCUUUGGUCCCCACGGCAUGCAUGUGAAGCUCAUGGCCACCAUGUUCCAGAACCUGUUCCCCUCCAUCAAUGUGCACAAGGUGAACCUGAACACCAUCAAGCGCUGCCUUCUCAUCAACUACAACCCAGAUUCCCAGGAGCUGGAUUUCCGCCACUAUAGCAUCAAAGUUGUUCCUGUGGGUGCAAGUCGAGGGAUGAAGAAGCUUCUCCAGGAGAAGUUCCCCAACAUGAGCCGCCUGCAGGACAUCAGUGAGCUGCUGGCCACGGGCGCGGGGCUGUCCGAGAGCGAGGCAGAACCCGAUGGCGAACACAACAUUACGGAGCUGCCCCAGGCUAUAGCAGGGCGCGGCAACAUGCGGGCCCAGCAGAGCGCCAUUCGGCUCACUGAGAUUGGGCCUCGGAUGACACUGCAGCUUAUCAAGAUCCAGGAGGGCGUUGGGGAAGGGAAUGUGCUGUUUCACAGUUUCGUGCACAAAACGGAGGAGGAGCUGCAAGCCAUUCUGGCAGCCAAGGAGGAGAAGUUGCGGCUCAAGGCCCAGAGGCAGGACCAGCAGGCCCAGAAUGUCCAGCGGAAGCAGGAGCAGCGAGAGGCCCACAAGAAGAAGAGUCUGGCAGGCAUGAAGCGGGCACGGGCAGAGGCUGAUGGGGACAGCGAUGCUGAGGACCCUGGGGCCCCCCCUGAGGCAGAGGGGGCUGGCCAGGAGGAGGAGGAUGAAGCAGAGUAUUUCCGCCAGGCAGUGGGCGAGGAGCCUGAUGAAGAUAUGUUCCCAAAGGCCCGACGGAGACGGCCCACUGGGCCUCCAAGCAAGAAGCGGCAGAUAAAGGAGCGGAAGCUGGACCGUGGUGUUCCACCCUGCCCACCCAACAUGUUGGCGGCUGCUGACCGCAUCCUGAAUAACUUCCAGGAAGGCUUCCUGUGGCCCAUGCUGGUGGUUGAGUUCCUGGUGGCUGUGGCGGGCAACGGCCUGGCCCUCUACCGCUUCAGCACACAGCAGCAGCGCCCAUGGCACCCAGCUGUGGUCUUCUCGGCCCAGCUUGCCGUCAGCGAUCUGCUCUAUGCCCUGACGCUGCCCCCGCUGGCUGCCUACUUGUACCCACCCAAACACUGGCGCUACGGGGAAGUCACAUGCCGCCUGGAGCGCUUCCUCUUUGUCUGCAACCUGCUGGGCAGCGUCAUCUUCAUUACAUGCAUCAGCAUCAACCGUUACCUGGGUAUCGUUCACCCCUUCUUCUCCCGCAGCCACCUGCAGCCCAAGCACGCCUGGGCCAUCAGCGCCGCUGGCUGGGCGCUAGCAGCCCUGCUGGCUGCACCCACACUCAGUUUCUCCCACCUGACGACGCCACACCAGGAAGGCAACUGCACUGUGGACAGGCCUGGGGCUUGCAUCAAGUGUUUGGGUACAGCGGGUGACAAUCGGCUCAAGGCCUACAGAGUCUACAGCCUGGUGCUGGUAACACUGGGCUGUGUCCUGCCCCUGCUGCUCACCCUGGUGGCCUAUAGCGCCCUCGGGCGGAGUGUGCUACGCAGCCACGGCUUGACAGCAGCUGAGAAAAUGCAAGUGGCAGCGCUGGUGGCCAGUGGUGUAGUCCUCUACGCUAGCUCCUAUGUGCCCUACUAUGUCACACAGGUGCUCAACUUGUCCGCCCGGCAGCGCUGGAUAGCCCGCUGCCCGGCAUUUGCAGACGUGGCUCAGGCUGAGGCGGCGCUGGACUUGAGGUCCUACGUGGGCCACCAGGUGACACGAAGCCUCGUGCCCCUGGCCACCUGUAUCCACCCGCUGCUCUACAUGGCGGUAGCACCUAGCCCGGGCUGCUGCCACCUACACUGCCUCGGCUGCAGGGAGGGCCGGGCACUAGAGAACACUGCGAGCUCUGGCCAAGCUCUGCCCCUCACUGUCAUAGCCACCUGAGCUGAGUCCAUGACCUGGCACAUUUUGAGCCUCUUCCCCACCAAAAGGACCCUGCAGGGGAACGGGUGAGAACGCAGCAGGUGCCAAACUGCCACUUCCUCCCCCAAAGGCCUGUGGUGGGAACCGUGAGCACCCAGGCCAGAGCAGCAAG